AUGUCGGCCUUCCCCAUCAUCUUCAACAUCGACGGCUCGUCCCGCCACGAGGUGCUCCUCGUCUCGCCCAGCGUCUCGCUGGCCGACCUGAGCGCCAAGAUCGAGUCGACCGCCACCUCGUCGCCCAACUGCCAGGAGUUCAUGGCCAAGUACGCCAAGAAGAAGGGCGACCAGAAGGUCGAGGCCAUCAAGGUCCGUUGGGCCAUGGCCGGCCGCGACCACAAGACCUUCCCCUCCACCACCGCCCUGACCGACGACAACACCGAAGCCGUCCUCCACCUGAUCGAGCGCAGCGGCGUCGGCAAGGACGUGCUUGAGGUCAAGCUGGCGGCCGAAGCCGAGGAGAAAGCGUAG